AGCAAUGAGUCUAUAGUUUAAUGUUAUUAUUAUAAUAGACUGUAUUAGCGGUUAAGUUCGCCAUUGCUUUCAUUGAACGUCCAAACAGUCUAACAAUCAAUCAAUUGAUUAACUCUUGAUUUUAUAUUAAAUCAUAUUAUAUAUCAUUAAUUGUUUUAAUUAAAGCAAAUCAUGGGAAAGACAAAUAGUAACGAAGAGACCGGUCCGGAACCGAUGGAAGAGGAGGAGGAAGAGUAUGUGGUCGAGAAAAUACUUGACAAAAGGACACGAGGAGGAAGAGUAGAGUAUUACUUGAAAUGGAAGGGAUAUUCUGAAGAAGAUAACACAUGGGAACCGGUAGAGAAUCUGGACUGUCCGGACCUAAUCGCUGAAUAUGAAGAACAAAGAAAGAAAAAGAAAGCCGAAAAUAAAGCUAAAGAAGAUCAGAAGAGUACUACCAGUAAUAAGGAUCCAAAAAGCGUUAAAAAACCCGUCACUGAAAGCGAAAGGAAAAAGAAGAAAUCUGAAGACGAAUCCAAACCCAGAGGUUUCGAUCGCGGAUUGGAUCCCGAAAAGAUUAUUGGAGCCACUGAUGCCUCGGGAGAACUCAUGUUUUUGAUUAAGUGGAAAGAUUCGGAAGAAGCGGACUUAGUUCCGGCAAAACUCGCAAAUGUGAAGUGUCCUCAAGUUGUGAUAAAGUUUUAUGAGGAAAGACUUACGUGGCAUUCAAGUGGUAACGAGGAGGACAAAGAUAAGGCCGAUUAAGUGCACCGUUUGUUUGAUGUCUUAUUUUACUUUCAUUUAUUUUGACCAUUUUUUUUAUUCAUGCCAUUAAAUAAAUAUUUCUUUAUGAAUCCAAAUAUU